UGCCCCUGUUGUCACAGGUAUAACAACAGCAGUGGAACACCUUCGGCACACCUGUACCAUUUGACGCUGCACGAUGCUGGGCCUGGUGUGUGUGUUUGGACUGCUCUCCCUCGCGGCAGGGGCGGACUACCCCGCUGGAGUCAGGUACUCCGUCUACCACGUGGUGGACAUCAUUAACGCCAACAGCAGGCUGCCCAAUCUCUAUGUGUUGGAGGAGGUCAUCCGCUCGGCUGAAUCCCCUCAGGAUGAGGUUACCUACCAGAAGUUUGACAUCAGGCUAGGCCUGUCGGACUGCCGUAACGACCCGCUGAUGCCUGCGGAGGAGGCCGAUGAAAAAUGUGUUGUGAGCGAUCACGGCAGGAACCUGAUGUGCUCCUCUGAGAUUGUCCAACACAACGCCGUGAUCAUGGAAGUGGUAGAAGGCUCUGGGAAUGUCGUCGAGGACGAUAACAACGUCAGGCGGGAAGUCAACUUCAUCCGCUGCCGCGCGGACCUGAGCACCGUCCCGAUCACAGGCUGACGCCGCAAGCACGCUUAUGUCCAGGCGAGGCAGUAUAUAGGUAUCGUGUAGAGAAACCAAAAAGUUUGCCUUACAAGGUCUGCUUGGAGAUUUCGAAUAUUUGCAACGCCAGGACGCGUCCUGAUUAAAAUAAAAGUAAUGAAGAUUG